GGCUGCAAUUGGGACGAAUAGAAGCGUUGAAGUCUAGCAAAGAAAAAAAAAAAACAAAGCAAAAGAAAAUUAAAUCAACCUUUGUCAGAAAAAAAGGGAAAAAUCUUGAAGGUGCUUCACAAACAAUGCUGCACAAGACGGGCAUCCUCCUCCUGGUACUUUUUGCCUCUGCUUAUGAAAUAGACCAGAACGAGUCUUUAGUGCCACGGAGGACACGGGACUCUAUUCACAGCUCAACUGAAGUGGUCCGAUGCUUGAACAGUGCCCUCCAAGUGGGCUGUGGUGCUUUUGCCUGCUUGGAGAACUCUACCUGCGACACAGAUGGCAUGUAUGACAUCUGCAAGUCCUUCCUCUACAACGCUGCUAAAUUCAACACUCAGGGCAAGGUCUUUGUGAAGGAGAGCUUAAAGUGCAUUGCUCACGGCAUCACGUCCAAGGUGUUCCUUACUAUCCGGAGGUGCUCCACCUUCCAGAGGAUGAUUUCAGAGGUGCAGGAGGAGUGCUACAGCAAACUGGACAUCUGCAGCGUCGCCAAGCUCAACACCGAGGCCAUCACUGAGGUCAUUCAGCUGCCCAACCACUUCACCAACAGAUACUACAGCAAGCUGCUCCGCAGCCUCAUGGAGUGUGAUGACGAGACUGUGAGCAUCAUCAGGAACGAUCUGAUGUCCAAGAUGGGGCCGGACAUGGCCAGCCUCUUCCAGCUGCUGCAGAGUGACCGCUGCUCCACCCCUCAGACAAGAGUGGAGUUCAACAGGAGACGUCCCUCCGAGUCCCAGAGACUCAAAAUCUACUUCAAGAACCUGCGUGACGAGCGGCCCUCCGCAGUCAUGAGACGCACCUCUGGAGAAAGCGCUUAAGACCUUAAACCUUUUACCAAAGCAGAUCUGUGACCAAAUACAGCUAGUCAAAAAAA